CAGCUGGUGCUGUCCGUUUCAUCUAAAUGCUUAGGUCAAAGUUGUUCGGCCAACGGAGUGACUGCGGAACAGCGGGAAGCUUUUCUUCGAGGACAUAAUGAUUACCGUGCAAAAUUGGCGAGCGGUCAGGUUACAAAUAAGGAUGGAAAACCAAUGCCACGAGGCAAUAUUCCUAGUGUGAGCUGGGACUGUGGCCUGGAGGAAGCUGCGAAGAAGUGGGCAGAUGACUGCAAACUGAUUCCUGCACCAUUAUGGGAACGCAGUGGCGCCGGAGAGAAUAUGUUCACCAUUUAUGCUCCGAAUAAUGCUGAUGGUAAUGAAAGACAUUCAUGA